UCUCUCUUGUUAUCACUCCUUGGCGACGAUGUUUUAAUCUACUUUCCUGUUGGUGACACAAAAACACUUUUCAAAACAACCUCUCUUUUAUUUUCCUUCGCUCACUCUUCCUAUAAAGGAGAAAGCAAAACGAGCUUCUAUUGUUAGUGUUGAUGUAACUCUCUCGUCGUCUGCACCGUAUUAUGUCCUUAAACUGACCAUCUCUAACAAUUAUCAGAGUUCAACAUAAAAGCUUGACAACGACAACUUCGCUGAGAAGCAUUAGCAACAACACAAGCGAAACGAUGGCUCCACUAAAGUUCAUCAUAGGAACCUGCUUGGUGGUCGGUGUUUGGGCCUUAUCCACACAACUACAGAACUCUGUUUUCUCAUCGGCAUAUUCAAUGUUGCUUCUCUUUAUCCAGCUGAUAUUUAUUCAGACUGCUAUAAUGCAUUUCAACAGGAAGACGUACAUUGAUCCAGAACGGAAAGCUGUUCUUAUAACAGGUUGUGAUACUGGAUUUGGCCAUGAACUGGCAGUGAAAUUAGAUCUGAAAGGCUUCUCUGUGUAUGCUUGUUGUCUUUUUGCGAAUGGAACUGGCGCUAACAUGUUGCGAGAAAAGAUGUCAUCGAAGAGCAAAGUAAUACAACUAGAUGUUGUCAGUGAUGAACAGUUACAAAAAGCCGUGAAAGAUGUGAAGAGCGAUCUUGGGCCUAACAUGCUGUGGGCUCUUGUGAAUAACGCUGGAAUUGCUGAAAUAUCAGAAAUUGAAUGGUGUGCCGUGAGCCAGUUCCAGCAUAUCAUGAACGUUAACGUAAUGGGAAUGGUUCGUGUGACGAAAGCUUUCUUGCCCUUACUUCGUGAAUCAAAAGGCAGAGUGGUCAAUGUGGCCAGUCUUGCAGGUCGAUUCACGCUGCCAGCAUUCUCGGCGUACUCUAUGUCCAAAGUUGCAUGCAUUGCCUUCUCAGAUGGAUUGCGACAAGAGAUGAACAAAUUUGAAAUUAAAGUUAUAACCGUUGAGCCAGGACUAUACAAAACUCCAAUUGUAAACGAAGACAGCAUUGAAGAUAAGAACAGGAAGUGCUGGGCUGAGACACCAAAAGACAUCACCGACGUGUAUGGCGAAGAAUAUUUCGACAGUUUCAUAAAAUCGAUUAAGACGCAUUUGAAGCGAGCCCGUAGCAAUGUCAGCGAAGUGGUUGAGAUGAUGGCUGAAGCUGUGUGUAUAGAGAGACCAAAGAUACGCUACGUUCCUUACUGGCUAGCCAAUAUACGUGCAAAUAUUCUCAUGUUGCUUCCGAGUCAAGUAAAAGACUGGAUCUUUGGUCUGAGAGCGUGUAAAGUACUGCCUACUGGAUCUGCUAAAAUACAUUCCGCACACAUUCACAGUUGAAUUACACACAGCAUACAAGUUUAUGGAUAGGCAUUUGUACAUAAUCAGACAGCAUUUUAAAUAUAUCCUCAUUUAAACAGAUAACUAAAUACUUACACACAAACAAACGCACAUAUGUAUCUACAUACAUGUAAGCAUGUAUGUGUGUAUAUGUGUGUCUUAUAUAUAUAUAUAUAUAUAUAUAUAUAUGUGUGUAUGUAUGUUUUCAAUUUUUUUUUUUCAUAUUAUGGAUGAAGUCUGGAUUUUGGGUUAAAAAAAAAAGUUAAAAUGUAGUAUUUACAUGAAUCUGCUUCUAUCCAAUCUACCUAAAAUAGGUACUUAUUUGUGUGAAUUCGACACAGAAAGACAUGGCUUCAGUGGGAGAACUAUCUUACUGCUGCCCGCGCCGUUUAAGCACCGCCAUCUGGACCACGGAGGGAUGCAGCUAUUGAAGCCAAAUGCCUAAUGAUCUCUUCACAUUUGUUUUCUUUUUACUUAAUUGGUUUAUACACAAGCUUGACAUCAGCUCUAUCACUUCUACCUAUUUGAAAAGACAUGGUGUUCCUUGGAGAAUGGGUAUAUAUAAAUACAUACAUAUAUAUAUAUUUAUGUAUUAUGUAUAUAUUUAUAUUAAUGUAUUAUAUAUAUUUAUAUAUAUGUAUUACAUAUAUGUAUGUAUAUAUACUGUAUAUGUAUUUGUAUAUAUAUAUAUAUAUAUAUGUGUGUGUGUGUGUGUGUGUGUGUGUGUGUGUGUGUAUACGUAUGUGCAUAUAAAGUAAACGGCUUAUAAAUAUUUGCUUAUUCGUAUAUAUAAUAUGUGUGUAUCAAUAUAUGUGCUUGCAUGAAUGCAUGUAUGUAUGCAUGAAUAUAGAUAUACGUAUGAAUAUGUAGAUAUAAGUACAGAUAUAUUACUAUAUAUAUUAGCGUAUGUAUACAU